GACUGGAAGACAGAGGCAACCAAGCUAACAGGCUAACUAGCUCGUUAGCGUUGAGCAGAAUCAACAUCGGGCUUUCAACACUUCAAAGAUGCUCCGCUGUAAACGUUUAGAGUCACGAUCCGGUGUCUGACCCCUACGGUCACCGCGUCACCGUCUACAAGUUCGCUUUUAAGGCAGCAGUCGUGUCCCGCUAACUGGGGCUAACUGUGGGACAGGUAGAGAUAAGAUUAGCACGCUAACCAGUCACGAAACUAACGCAUUGAUCGAAAUAUUAUCCCAUAAUUUGUUACUACCAAACAUGGACAUGUAGCAUUAGCACUGAGCUAACCCCGCUUACACGGAUAGAGCCUUCAGCCAGGAUGGAUGUGAGUUAACAGCUGGACUGGGACGGUCUGGCCCGGGGUUGUGGUUCCCAGAAGGGGAUAUUCGUGUCGAGAAGAGCCGUUAAGAAGACGCAAGAGCAGCCUGGUCCUCCCGGCUGGAGCACGGUGGAGCUCCACGUCUCCGGUCAGGCCCGGUCUCUGGGGUGGGAUGAGAUGCAGCGGACCUGGAGCCGAUCAGCAUCCCGAAUCCCGUUAACCCGUGCUAACCAGGAUGGAUGUAUGCAGUAAGAACCCAAACCGUACGGCGCCGGUUGCUGAGGAAGACCCGCAACGAGCCGAUGUGCCUCUCUGCUCUCGUACGAAUGGCUGGAGCUGGCCGCCCCAUCCCUUUCAGCUGCUGGCCUGGCUGCUCUACGUUUACUUUGCCGUCACAGGCUUCGGCGUGUUUGUCCCUCUGUUGCCUGCACACUGGAUCCCUGCAGGCUACAUCUGUACAGGGAUCAUGUUCGUCUGUCACCUGUGUGUCCACAUCAUGGCCGUGUCCAUCGACCCAGCCGACUACAACGUCAGAAAAAAGAGCAACAAAGGUCCCAUCCCUGUCUUUGACCGCUCUAAACAUGCUCACGUCAUUGAGAACUGCCACUGCUACCUCUGCCAGGUCGACGUGGGGCCUAAGUCAAAGCACUGCAGUGCCUGUAACAAGUGUGUUGCCAACUUUGACCAUCACUGUCGGUGGCUCAACAACUGUGUGGGGAGCAGAAACUACAAGUUGUUCCUCCACAGUGUGGUCUCAGCUCUGUUGGGUGUCUGUCUCGUUCUGAUCAUAGCCUCCUACAUUUUGAUUGAAUUUUUUCUGGACCCGUCCAAACUCCGCACUGACAAACACUUCCUGGUGAGGAAUGAGACAGGCAUGUGGUUUGUGUUCCUGCCGGUGGCUCCGAUCAGGUCGACAGCAGCCGUCAUUCCCGGUCUGGCUGCUGUCACCAUCGCUCUGGGUCUGCUGUCCUUUGUGCUGCUUUGCCACUUGCUCUGCUUCCACAUCUACCUGAUGUGGAACAGACUCAGCACCUAUGAGUACAUCGUCCGGCAGCGUCACCGUCAGGACGGGAAAGACCUGAGGAAACCAGGAUCAGUGAAGGAGGCUUCAGCGCCGUCAGUGAACGUCAUCAAGGAUGUGAACUACUCAGGGAGUCUGGGUUAUACCAACCCUCAGCUGGACAUGGAGGAACCUACCACUGUGGCUGUGCAGGGGGAGUCGGAAUUCCUGGCUAAUGGCAGAGUGAGGACAGUUUCCAGUCCUGUAAUGGAGGAAGAACCUCUGCCCAAUGUCUCUACAGAGCUGAAAGCAGCAGCACAUACACACCGACGCACACAGAAAAAGAAGAAGAAAGUUCGGAAAGUUCCAGCAGAGGUGACCAGAGAGCGCUGCCCAAGUACAGCCCCGCCCCCAGUUGAGCCCAGCAGCAUGUCUGCAGUGUCCCUGGGUCAGCGACUUCCUUUCCCAUCGUUCCCUCUGCGGGCCACCUUGCCCCCUCUGGCCCCACCCGUGGCCCCUGUCCAGGCAGCAGCUCCUCCUGCUGAGUACCACUCGGACUCUGCAGAGUCUCUGGAGGAGAUCCCGGUGGCCUUGGCCAAACUGGGUUCUUCGUCUUCUAGAGAGGCCUCCACAUCUUCACACAGAGCUGGCCCCGCGUUCCCCCUACCCUCCCCCCAACCAAGGACUAAGAGGAAGACCUCCUCCCGUGCUAAUAAGACCGCCACAGAGCUGAGGUUUGAGAUGUCCUCCACCCACCCUCCCACAGUGUUUGUUAGCCGAGCUAGCGGAGAGGCCUCAGGGCCCCGAGAGGAGGGCCUCAGUCUAAGCAGAAGGCAGACCGGAUCCAGACCGGCGUCUCGAACCUCACUGGCUUCCUGGAUGGAGGUUUAACCUUAAACAGACUCUUUAUUGAAACUUCUCCCACUCUUUAACUUUGUACAAUCACAGGCGAUCUGCAGCCUCGCACAAUAAUCUGUGUUUGUUUUUGUUUUGUAUGUUUUGUAUCUCUGUGAUUAUUUAAUGUUUAUGAUGUCGCUUUUAUGUUGAAUGCCAAAGGUGAGAUCAUGUUUGUGCACAAUCUUUUUAAAUGAAGGAAAACUUUCACCCCUGAGAAUUCACUUUUUACUGCACCAAACUCUUUGUGGGUGUUUUGUGCCUCCAGGUCCCCCAUCACUGAUGUUUUCACCGUUUCCCAGUCAACAGUUCCCCUGAUGUGUACUCCUGUCUCCAUGGUCACCCUGCUCUACAGAGACAGAGUGAUAUCACUUCCUGUCCAGCAGCUCCUGAUCCAGAGUUGCUCAUUCAUGCUAAUGUUAAUGGUGAUGUGUGAUGCUGGCUCACAUUUGUACAACUACAAGAAGACAAAUAUUAAUAUAACAUUUGAUUAACCUGAUUUUACAGUAAAAUAUAUGAAU